CUUUCAAAUGGAUUAUUUUGACAUAUACUUGUGAACUCCAACACAGCGAGGACAAUACAAAGGUCUUGCACAGAGCUCGUAGAACUUGUUUGUCACACUGACAUAAAAUAAUAAAGCUAACUGGCUUUGAUGAAAACACAUUCGUUCAGGAGCCACGCUGAUGAGAGGGACUUGGAUUGACAGCGCUGAGGAUGUGAAUGUUUUGGGUAAAAUUUGUAGUUUUUUUUCUCCACACAGCUACACAACUCAAGUGGAUCAUAAUCACGAAGAAGACUUUGCAGCCCAGGUGUCUGUAGGAACUUAAACCUGCACACAGUGAAUGUUUACUGGUCAUCUCGUUGUACAUCUACAGUAUCUGAUGUUCGCAUGAGACACAAUCAAGGAGACGAGAGCGAAACACAUAAAGAGGAAAGGACACGCGUGACAAAGCUUACCAUGCACUGACAACAAGGAAUGGAAAGCAUCAGUGUGGAAACGGACUGGGAUGGGUUAACCCUCUCCUCUCUGGUCGCCGCAGGAAGGAACAACUUAUCUUCCUCGUCUUUGCUUGUCUCUGAGCUGAACUCCCUCAACAGUUCUCACAGCGGAGGAUCCUUCUUCGGGAUCUUUCCUGAGAAUGGUUCCACCACUACGCCUCACACGCUUCCCCAGCCCAGGAUGAGGGACCCGGGCCUGGCCCGGGCAGAGAUCGCAGUGCUCGGGGUGGUGCUGGCUCUUACAACUCUUGGGAAUAGCUUUGUGCUGUGGGUGCUGCUGAGGAGGAGGAAGCACAAUGCUCCGAUGCACGUGUUCAUGUUCAACCUGUGUGUGGCUGACCUGGUUGUGGCCCUCUUUCAGGUUCUUCCCCAGCUAAUAUGGGACAUCACAGAGAAGUUUCAGGGGCCUGACUUUCUCUGCCGGUCCAUCAAGUACUUGCAGAUUGUGGGCAUGUUUGCUUCCUCUUACAUGAUAGUUGCCAUGACGAUAGACCGGCACCAGGCCAUCUGCUGCCCGUUGCAGGCCUACAGAGGGGGAACAAUGUCCCGCUGGAACACCCCUGUCAUGGUGGCCUGGGGCUUGGCACUAGUCCUCAGCAUACCACAGGUGUUCAUCUUCUCUCGCUCAGAGGUGGCUCCUGGAGAGUUUGAGUGCUGGGGUCACUUUGCUGAGACUUGGGGGCUGAAGGCCUACGUCACUUGGAUGACCGUGUCUGUCUUCCUCCUUCCCGCCCUCAUCAUUACCAUCUGUCAGAUAAGAAUCUUCCGAGAGAUUCACAAUAACAUCUAUCUGAAGUCAGAGAGGAUGGUAAUGGCUGAGUUGAAAAAGAAAGAAAACUUCUUCCGCUUCCACAGCUUUAAAAAGGAGGAUGAGCGGGCCAGGGACAGGGAGAGGGGGAGACGGGCGUCCGGAGGAGGGGCAAGGGAAGGCAGAGGUGGACAGCUCUUAAAGGGUGUGAAUAACAACCCUCACAAUAACACCCACGAUAGCCAAGCGGGAGAGUGUUAUGACUAUGUACCAUUCGCUAUCCAGUACAGUAGCAGUGGUGAACGUGUGACAACAUCGCCUACACAGCAGCAAACACUGACCAGCUCGGAUUGCCAGGACUCGUACAUGUCCUUCGAGCUGGCCUCAGGCUCACCUCGCUGCUCGCUGGACUAUGCCCGUCCUCCCCCUCCAGCCACCCCGCCUCCAAGCAUCACAAAAGCCAUGUCCAAGACAGUGAAAAUGACCCUGGUCAUCGUGCUGGUGUAUACUAUCUGCUGGUCACCUUUCUUCAUCGUCCAGCUUUGGGCGGCCUGGGACCCCAACCCUCCAAACACAGAAGUGGCCUUCACUAUCCUGAUGCUGCUGGCCAGUCUGAACUCGUGCACCAACCCGUGGAUCUACACUGCUUUCUCCAGCAGCGUGUCCAGAGAGCUGCAGAACCUGCUGCAGUGUCGGACGCGAAGUGGCCGCCGGGGCUCCCUGCCCGACGACUCCACCACCACACACACCUCCACCACUAAGGACAGCCUGAACUAACAAAGACUGAUGAGACAGAAUCAGACACACAGAGACAUGUUUGAAAAGACAUGUGCUGGUGACUGGUGCACACGGGUCUGUUACAAGGAUGUGCUGCACACAACGUCGCAGAGCGCACUGACCUCUACCAGAUGUUUCCAGCAACAAACGACAGCUACUGUCAACAGGACCUCUAUCUGUAAUCACUGGUCCUCUCCACCACCGCAGAGAGGAAGAGUGUCAUUGAAGAUGUCAACACUUAUUAUGAGGGCACUGUGGAACAUACAGUGGUUGUCAGUGACAUCAUCUGUAAUGCAAAAUGGCCUUGAAAGUAAAGAGAUUAUUUACCGCAGCUGCGGUUGAGUAGGACCCUGUGUAUUGAUUUAUACAAGAAAAAACAUUUUCCCUCUUUAGACAGAGCAGAGCAGCAGGAAUGCAAUGGGUGGAUCACUGCAUUAAUGGCCUUACAGCACACCUAAUGUACAAAGCAGAAGACAAAGCUAUGGGUGUAGAGAAAACAAAGCAGCAGGCUAAGGGGGAAGAGAGAGAGAAACACAUACAGACAGCAACAGAACAGGAGACUGUUGUUGGACUGAGAACAGACAGGGGAUGACAUGGAUGUUAAAGCUGCAGGACUGAGAGGGCUGAAGUAAAAAAUCUAAUAAUGUGAACAAACUUGAAUCAAGGAAAAUGGAUUAGAGGUGGAUGCCUGAGGCUGAAUUCAUAUUCACUCAGGAGGAAUCCGUUUCCAAGGAACCAGAGUGAUUUGUUAGCAACAUGGACGGAGCAGUUAAGACACUGCCCCACGUGGAACUGGAAUACCGUGGAUUAAUGCAGACAGAAACACACACACACACACACACACACACACACACACACACACACACACACACACACACACACACACACACAUACACACACACUCAAAAAACAAAAAACAAAGAAUAAUGACAGGAAGAUGAUUUAGCCUAGAAGAAUACAAAUGAUCAAUUCAGGUUUCCUCAACCAACCGGGACACAAUUAUGUGAUUGUAUUUGGUAAACACAGCAUAUGAGGUACAUGACCGAACCAAGAACAUGAACAUGAAGCAGAAGACGCAGGAAGGAAACAAACAGCAUUCCAUGCACAAUGAUGAACAGUGUAAAGUAUAUUUAUUGAAAAUGUAAGGCACAUUAAAUACUAUUACAUUUUGUGUAAGAUAAAUGUUGAAUGUAAGUCAUACAAUUUGAAAUAGUUGGAUAUGUGUAGUAGAAAAACGAGGGGAUGUCAAACCAAAGAUUUUUUAAAGUUCGACUGUAGAACCAAUUCAGGUCUUAAUAGUUAUUACAGAGCUUCAACAGAGACGACAUAUUAAGUUUAAAGAGAAACUACUGCAUGUCAGUUUAAGAAAAAGUUCACGUCAACGGUGAAAAUACUUCCAGUCAAACCAAGUGCCUGUAAUGUCAGUAGACAUUUUCAGAGGGGCCUCCCUCACUGGAUUAAUCUCUGAAUGAUGUCAACCAUGUUAUUCUUAGACAGAGCUACCACCAGAGCUCACAGGUUAUAUCACACCACGAGCCAUGUGUUCUUUUAUCUUUUUAUUUAUUGUUGUAUAAAUUAAAAUAUACAUAGGCUAUAUAUAUAUAUAUAUUUCCGUUACUGGUACUGCCUUACGUUCAUGUACAGUUUUUAUAUUUAUUUUUCUUCUGUGUAAAGAGUAAUGUAUUGUACCCCUCAACUGCAUGACAGCCAUAAAAUAAAAAUGUAAAGACAUUUGUUUUAUAAAAGUAUGAUUAUAUAAGAUACUGUACAUACAGUAGAUGUGAUAACUUUGUGUGUGCAUAAUAUAUAUUAGAAGUCACUGUAUGUGGUCAAACUAUUCAUUUCUUUUUUCCCCUGAGAGAUCAGUGCUAUGCAACACUGCAGGACAAUACUUGGAUGGUGUCUCAUGAGUCUGCAGGGCCGUACGCAGGGUUUUACAAAGGUUUCUAAAAAAACAACUGAGUUUGCCUCUGAACUUGUUUUGAUUUCCCUGAUCUAUAUAUGUGCAUUUUAAGAUUACAAUACCUUUGAAACACUAAUAAAAUGAAGAAUCAGGUUAAAUGUUGCAAUGAAUGAUCCAUACAAUCUGCAAAUAUGAACUUUGACAAUGUUUAGUUAAAGUGUUCGAGUAGAUGCAAGACACCGUUGGAAUCUAAUUAUGACCAAAUAUGGGAGCGAUAGGUUUAUUUGUUUAUUUUCUCUACAUUUCUCUCUCCACUCUCUCUCUUUGCUCUCUCUCACCCUCUGUAUCAACUGUUCCUUUCUCUGAGACUCUGUGAGUAAAAUUAUAUUCACCUA